AUGCUGAAGUCGCUGACGGCCGCCGUCGACCUCCGCGCCCUCCGGGCGCUCGCGCCCACCAAGCACUUCAGCUACCACCACCAGGCGCUGGUGACGCUGCUCGACUUCGACGACUCCGGCCAGUACCUCAUCUCCGCCGGCGUCGACCAGCUGAUCCAGCUCUACGACGUCCACAAGGGCGCCCACCACCGCGACGUGCAAUCGCAGAAGUACGGCGCCCACCUCGCCCGGUUCACUCACCAGGGGCUCAACUGUCUCUACGCGCUGACGGCGCAAAUCAGCGCUGGCGCUAGCGCCGACAAUGGCGCCGGCACCGAUACCCACCAGAUCCGCUUGCUCAACUUGGAAAACAAACAGUACGUGCGCUACUUCAAAGGCCACCACCACCAGGUGACGGCGCUCGAAGUCAAUCCCGUCCACGACCGGUUCAUCCUGGCGCUGGUCGACGGCCGGGUGAAGCUCUGGGACUUGCGCUCGUCGCACGACGUCGGCGCGGUGCUGGCGCCCGGCGCCCAGGCGCUUGGCUACGAUCCUCAGGGCCAGGUGAUGGCGGUGGCGCUGGUGGACUCGCUCCGCCUCUACGACCCCCGCCAGUGCGAGCGGGGCCCCUUCCUCGAUACCACCAUCGCCGGCGGCGCCCUGCUCACCCGUCUCGAGUUCUCAAACACGGGGAAAACGGUGUUGUUGGUCACCGCCAGCGGCAACCACUUGGUCGUCGACGCGUUCACCGGCGCCGUGUUGACGCGCUUGGCGGCGCCCGGCGCCGACUUCAGCGGCUUCCACUACCCAACGGCGCUGGCGACGUGGCUGCCGUGCGGCAAGUACGUGCUCGCAGCGCUGGCGACGGCGCCCACCGAGCUCCACGUGUUUGACUUAACUCGCCUCCGCACGCUGGACGGCGGCGUCCGCACGGUUAAACCCGACGAUAACUCCGAGGUGACGGCGCCGGUGGCGCUGUUGCCGUCGCCCCACAUCGCCAAAGUCGUCGCUUUCGACCCUAAACUCAUGGUGUUGGCGUCGGCAGAUAACUCGGUAGUGUUGUGGCAGCCUCAAUUCGACUAG